GCAGGGCGGGCCGAGGGGGCCCCGGGGCUCCGCGCCAUGUCCGCGGCCAGCGACGCGGGCGGCCACUUCCCCCUGCACCUCCUGGUCUGGAACAACGACUACCGGCAGCUGGAGAAGCAGCUGCGGGGCCAGAACGUGGAGGCGGUGGACCCUCGGGGCCGGACCUUACUGCAUCUCGCCGUCUCUCUGGGACAUUUGGAAUCUGCUCGAGUCUUGCUCCGACAUAAAGCAGACGUCACCAAAGAAAACCACGAGGGAUGGACAGUGUUGCACGAGGCCGUGAGUACCGGCGACCCCGAGAUGGUGUACGUGGUUCUGCAGCACCGGGACUACCACAACACCUCCAUGGCCCUCGAGGGCGUUCCGGAGCUGCUCCAGAAGAUCCUGGAGGCUCCGGAUUUCUACGUGCAGAUGAAAUGGGAAUUCACCAGCUGGGUGCCCUUGGUUUCCAGAAUAUGCCCGAAUGAUGUCUGUCGGAUCUGGAAGAGUGGUGCCAAGUUGCGUGUUGAUAUCACCUUGCUGGGAUUUGAGAAUAUGAGCUGGAUAAGAGGAAGGCGGAGUUUUAUAUUUAAGGGAGAAGACAACUGGGCCGAGUUGAUGGAGGUCAACCACGACGACAAGGUGGUCACCACCGAGCGCUUCGACCUGUCCCAGGAGAUGGAGCGCCUCAGCCUGGACUUGAUGAAGCCCAAGAACAGGGAGGUGGAACGGCGGCUCACGAGUCCGGUCAUCAACACCAGCCUCGAUACGAAAAAUAUCGCUUUCGAAAGAACUAAAUCCGGAUUCUGGGGCUGGAGGACAGAUAAAGCAGAAGUUGUUAAUGGUUACGAAGCAAAGGUCUACACCGUCAACAACGUGAGCGUGAUCACCAAAAUCCGGACAGAACAUCUGACGGAGGAGGAAAAGAAGAGAUACAAAGCUGACAGGAACCCCCUGGAAUCUUUGCUGGGGACCGUGGAACACCAGUUUGGCGCUCAAGGGGACCUCACCACCGAAUGCGCCACCGCCAACAACCCCACAGCCAUCACGCCUGACGAGUACUUCAACCAAGAAUUCGAUCUGAAGGACAGGGACAUUGGAAGGCCCAAAGAGCUGACCAUCAGAACCCAGAAGUUUAAAGCAACGCUGUGGAUGUGUGAGGAGUUCCCGCUCUCCCUCGUGGAGCAGGUCAUCCCCAUCAUCGACCUCAUGGCCCGCACCAGCGCACACUUUGCAAGGCUGAGAGACUUCAUCAAACUGGAAUUCCCCCCCGGAUUCCCCGUCAAAAUAGAAAUCCCCUUGUUUCAUGUCCUAAAUGCCCGGAUCACGUUUGGGAACGUAAACGGAUGCAGCACGGCGGAAGAAACAGGAACUCCGAGUGCGGAAGGGCCCCAGGCAGAUGCAGCUUCCCAGGUCACAGGUUUUGAGGUGGAUCAGUCCGUGUUUGAGAUUCCGGAAUCCUACCACGUGCAGGACAACGGCAGGAACAUGCACCUGCAGGACGAGGACUAUGAGAUCAUGCAGUUCGCCAUCCAGCAGAGUUUGCUCGAGUCCAGCCGGAGCCAGGACCUCUCAGGACCAGCUUCCGACGGGGGGAUGAGCCAGACGCAGGCCUACGAUGACGACCAGUACGAGAGGGCCAUCCAGGAGAGCCUCCUCAGCAGCUCGGAGGGCCUGUGCCCCGGGGUCUCGAGCGAGACCAGCCGUUUCGACAGCGACUUGCAGCUGGCCAUGGAGCUCUCGGCCAAGGAGCUGGCGGAGCAGGAACUGCGGCUGCGGGAGGAAGAGGCGGAGCUCCAGCAGGUCCUGCAGCUGUCCCUCACCGAGAAGUAGACCUCGGGGACCCACGGGCUGCUCUGGGAGCCCCCGGGCCCCACAUCGGACGGCACACUGCCCUCUGGAGGUGCAGGAUCCGGACCCCCGGGGCCCCGCCGCGAUGCCCCCUGGCGAAGGGGCUGGGGACCGGUGGGUCCCACCUCUAGGCCACGGGGAGAAGAGCAUCCUCACUUUCCAUUAGCUGCACUGGCUUGCAGGGCACAUUUUUACUACCAGCUUUAGACAAAAAAAAAAAAAAAACCCAAUCCCCGCCGGUUUCUAGAUGAAUUCUUAUGGAGGAAUGAUAAAACAAGCUGUUUCAGAGUCAGGGUGCUUUUUUUUUUUACCCAGGAGCAAGCAGCCUUUGUAGAGUGUGGCGUAGAAAUUUACGAGACAUUUCUUUACAGUUCACCAAAGACACGGAUAAUCUCUGCCGAUCUCUUUUAUUUUUACCUUUCUACGGCAUUUCUAGAACACCGUCACUGUUCCUCCCAUCUCUCCGCCCGACGUCAUUCCCAUCCGCCCCCCUCGCUAGUGUCACAGAGGAGAUAGGUACAGGAUCUGUUUUCCACGAGGCUUAACUAUUUCCAUCAAGUUAAGAAGUGCAGAUGACCACGGGUGUUGCCUUAGCCUUAAAGAUCACGGAGGGUCCCAGCCCGCCCCGGUCCCCUGAGCACCGAGGGUAUUCGGAAAGGCAGCGUCGUCCAGACUAAAUCCACGGCAGCUAAUCCUGGCCCUCAGGGGAGCGGCCUGGGACUUGUUCUUGGGGUGGGCGGGCCGGCCCCCAGGAGACGGCAUCGGCGCAGCCUAGAACCAAACCCUGGGCCUCAUUCCCGCUACCUUCUCUCUGCAGGGCUCCCAGGCCGAGGCGAGGACGCUCCCACCUUGGGGGGUCAAGGGCCCAGGGGCAGGGCUGUGCUUGGAAUCAGGGAGCCGCAGGGCAGCUCCGUGGGCCCUGUGUUCAGAAAGGGCAUAGGAGGCUUUCACAUUGCUUUAUAGAGUUCAGAUCAACAUCUUUCUGGAUAAAUCUAUUUUUUAACAGAAUCUUUCUAUUAUUUUUAAAAGGAUAGGGAAAAAAAGAAAAAACCCGACUACUCCCAUCAGUAGCAAUACAAGGUUAUACAUUGUAACCAGACUUUCUCAGGCCUUUUUUGGAUACCUUUAGUAGUUGACUAUUUUGUCUAACCCUUCUGUAAAUAACCUUCACCCGGCAUCCAGACCCUGGGGCCUGCCUCCCUGCACAGGCUGCACGGAAACAUCCUGGUCAACCAUCCCACCCCCCGCCUCGGCGCCCGAUUUCUCUCUGUCAGGCUUCUUGCGGGGUGGAAAGAGCCAUCCAGCGUUACUUGGUCCAGUUCUUGAAUCUCUCUCAGACACUUAGUGUUGCCCGUAACGUGUUCCCGGUCGCGAAGGAGUGUGCUUUGGAUUCCACACAACCAGCUGCCUUUUCUGUCAUGCUCUGACCAAAUUCCUUCUCUGCACAGAGGCCAGUGCCCGCCCCCAUCAACCUUUGUUUUCAAAAACACCCGCCUGGCGUUUCGUUGACUCAGCGUUUCCCCUGGAAGUGAGGAGCCCACGGCCUCUCCUCGCGGGCAGAGAGGCGACUAGUAGGUCCCUUCUGUUGGCAUUGCGUCGCUCUGCUUCCUCCCCGGGGAGUCGGCUCUGAGGGGCCACUCCGGUCAGCCCCGCGGGCCGGCCCCGUCCACACAGCCGCCUUCUCCCAGGCGCGCCCGCUCUUACAAUGCAAAUAAAGACCGCUUUCUAGAGGGUGCUCAGACGGUCUGCGCGUCCGCCUUUCUUUCUCACGCUGCUCUGAGUCGCCCGGUGGCCUCGCAUCCCGGGUUGGGAGUGUCUGUGGCCUCACGAGGCCAGGGAACACGCUCCUCCCAACUCACUGUCCUGGUGCGUGCUCAGACCCGCUCUGCAGUGCUCCCUCUGGGCGCAAGGGACAACCCGCCGCCACAUGGCUCAGGAAACCUCACGCCGGGGUGGUCCACAAAAGUGCUGGUGAUGGUUCAG